GUUCCUGGGUGGAGCUCCACUUCAGCAGCAACGGGAAUGGCAGCGGCAGCACGGUCACUCCCACGGGCCAGGAACAGGUCCCUGCCUCCGUUUCCAUCCACAACGGUGACAUGGAGAAGAUACUCCUUGAUGCUCAACACGAAUCUGGAAGGAGCAGCUCAAGAGAAAGUUCACAUUGUGACAGCCCUCCCCGUUCCCAGACACCUCAGGACAGUCACAGAGCUUCGGAAGUAGAGAGCCACAGCAGUGGAGAAAAGAACAGCUUUCAG